AUGAAGGAGGAAGAGGUGAAGGACGACAACAACGACUCCGAGGUUGGAAGUGAGGCAGCGAGCGGUGCCUCAGGACGUAGUACAGCUCGGAAAAGGCAGAAAACGAGCGUCAAGCUUGACAAGCUUGCCUACAAAAGAGCCACGUUCAAAAAAGAGCGUGCCCGCCGCACAGUCCCCAACGCCGGUGCACAACCCUCCUCUUUGACUUCUCAGCCCACGCCAGGGGUCACUUUCAAGCUAAAAUUCAAACCAAAAGCUCCUCUUCCGCGUGCUCAUAAGAAUCUCUCCGGAGCGAAACCGGCAUCAGAAGCCACAAAAUCAAGUCCAGAGAGCCAUGACAACGAAACGGAGAAGGGCGGCAACGACGCUUGUUCGGGUUUCGAACCUGUCACGAAGACGAGGGAGCACGACAACUUGCCGGCCCCUCCCGUUAGAAUGACGGCCAACGCAUGUCCAACCCCUUCCUCGACGACACCUGAAGCUGCCUGCAAAGUUCAUAGAAGAGAUCGCCAAGAUGCUCGAGUCUUCGCAACAAAGCUCCAAACCUGGAAAGUGAGAGCGAGGAGAGGCGGAGGAAGCGGGCAAAGUUCGCAUAGGUCGGUUGUCCCUGGAGGCCUCAUUGCUCUACAUAAGCGAUUUGUACGGGGGAGAAAUGCUUCAUUAGCAAUACAAAGAGACUACAUAAAAAGUAUUGAUAUCGUUGGUGAUAGCAAGAUGCCUUUACUUCAAGGCCAUCCUCAGGUAGACCGUCACGGAGUCGGAGGUACCAUCUUUCAUGUACCCCAACCGCAUAGUCAAUCAUUUCCUCUGACCGACUCUGUCGCCAGAAAGCUACUCGAUGAAGGAGGCAAUUCUCGAACAGUGUUUCCGAGUGAGCUUUUUCCUGAUGACAGCAGUCAAAUACUUUACCGCGAUGCCGAAAGCCGGGAUCCCAUCGGUUUUUCAUCCAACGACAAGGCUGCAGAGGUCACACGGGACCAAGUGUCGUGCAAUCCUCGGUCACGCCAAAGACUGCGUUCAAAUCUUCAAGGCAUUAGACAACCGGUGUAG